AGCCUACCAUUGAACACGACAUCGGAUCUAUGGAAAUUUUCACACGCGGAAAUAAAGGAACAUGGGGCACUGCUGUUAGAUUCGAAUAUUUAUUGGUUUUCUUCCUGUCAAUUGCCAGUUAUCCGAACCGAAAAAGCCAUCAUAAAAAUUAGAAAAAUAAAAGAAAAGAAAAACGGGAAGGUAGGAAGCCAAACAAACAACUCAAGAGCAAUGAGUUCCACACCUAAAUGGUAUUGUCGCAACAAAUCGCAACCGAUGCAAACCUUUGCGGAACUCUCCAAAUUGGGUAAUGACCUGCGACGAAUUACAAAGCGUUUGGUUAUCGAUGUCAAGGUGGACAUUUAUAGUGAACAUGACACCAUACUGGAGGAAUGUGAACGCAUUGUUGAACUUUACUGGAGUCUCAAGGACCAAUCGAAAAACAAAGAUUUCCAAUCGUUGUCGAAGAAAAUCAAACGCAGCCCCUACAAUGCCUUGUUAAUGCAAAAGUUUCGCAUAAUUAUGGAUUUAAACGAUCGGAGAUUUUGCCAACUGACAUUUGUCCUUAAGAAAACGGUUAAUUAUCUUCUGAAGAAAUCUUUACACUCGGAAGUAUGGAUGAAUUGGGCAAUGCAAAUAACCCAACUCUAUAAUAAAUGUCGAAAACCCCUGGUCUUGGAUGACGAAGACAAUGGAGAUGCCAAGAAACCCGAGGAUGAACAACUCAACUCCAAUAUCUGCAGUAAUAUGUAUCCGGCAUUGUUGUUGCCCUACAAAUCCAUUGAUUUUGGCCAUGUCUUACAGUUAGCUUCCCAGCAGCGGAUCGAACAAAACUCAUUGGACCUUAUGUUCGGCCUCUUCAACAUGGGCGAACAGGAGGCGUGGCGCGAUAAUGCCAAUGAAUCGAAUUGCUCCAGCAUUGAAAUAUUGCGAAUCCUAACUCUAAACUUGACUGGAGACGGCGAGUUCCAACAGUAUUUGAAUGAGAACAACCAUGACUAUGCAGCCUUGGCCUUAAAUCCGGAUAUGGCCCGUCUAAACAGUGCAUCGCAACGUGGCACGUCGGUAACAUUGCGCAGUAAACACAUUGACUAUUUCCUGCAAAAUGAAAGAAGUUUUGUGGCCCAGUUCAUUGAGAAGGCUUUCGACAUUUGUCCGACAAUAUUUGGUCACUGCAAUCACGACGAUCUACAUGAAUAUGUGCUGCGUGGUAUGCGUCUAAUGUGGUCCUAUGUGGGCAUAAUAUUGGAUCACAUAAUACUUUGGUGGAUCGAUACACCGAUAUCAUGCUACUCCCUGGCCCAUGUGGAUUCAAUACGUAACUGGUUAUAUUUGCACAAUGUUCGAGAUAUUCCCGAACCAGUUUAUUCCACACUGCAGGGUAUUGGUGAGAUUUUGACCAAUUUUGUUAGUAACAAUUUGUGGGAUCGCCUAUUUCGUUUGACCCUAAUAUCGGCCACGGCGCAAACGGGAACUGUGGAACAGUUUCUGCAACAAUACAAACAAUCACCGAAAAAUCAAUUUGGCACGGCCACGGGAACAGUUUGGAUUGCGAUUUUCACAAAUCUCAUAAAUUUGAGUAACAAUUAUUUUCAAAAUUCUGAUUUCACCAAUUCAAGUCUGCUGCCAGUUGCCGAACAAAUUCCAAUACUACAUAGAAUAGAUCACUCGGUCCACAGUAUGCGCCUGUGGGUCAAGGAAGAAUGUAAAAAACUAUGCAAUGAAUGGAAAAUGGAUCGCUUCUUUCAAAUAUUGGAAAAUGAUGUGCGGUUAUGUCUGCAAGCAUUCAGCAAUUUUAAACUGCCAAAAUUAACUGCCGAUCUCAGUGAUAUCUUGAUGUUGGUCUGUGUGGCGCUGCGCACCAAAUUGAUAUGUGAGAUCAAUGUCAAUAUUGUCAAAUUAAAGAAAACCACCGACGAAUGUGUUCAAGUACUCUCCGAUGUUUGUCGCCUGCUGAGUUUAGCGAAUUUUACCCUCUGCUUUCCAGCCGGCACGUAUUGGCAGCGCAACACAUACGACAAUGAGAAAUCCAGUGAAUAUGUAGCCUACGUUCUGGAUCAGAUAAUGUUGCCCUGCAUUAAGGCCACCAAAGAUGUUGUGAUCUUGAAAUUGAUAUUGAAAAUUAUCUGUGAAGCCUGGUUGGACUAUAUUUAUCAGCGGCACAUACGAUUCAGCGUGAAUGGAGCCGUCCGGCUGUUGAAUGAUUUCGACGAUGUACGCGAAUGGAUAUUAAGCUGUCCGCUGUUGGAACAAUUGCAUUUGGAAAAGCUAAGUAAUCACGAGGUGUUGCGCAUGUGCAAGGGCGUGGGAAAAAUUUUGCUCCGAAAACCCGAAGAUAUUAUUGCCAUCUCGCAGUCGCCGACAUUUGACAAGAAAACAACUGGAGGCGAUGGCGGUGAUGCCGCACUGCAAGAGACUCAAUUGCCCUCCGAAAUGUUUGUCUCAAAUCAAAAACACUGGCUACAAUUGCGCGCCAACAAGUCAACAUUUCUGUUUUUUCCUCUUUGCUGUGGAGAUUCGAAUGUUUAAAUGACAUUUGCAUAAUUUAGAUAUGGUUACUUAAUUAGUUAUGGUUACUUAAUUAGAUAUGGUUACUCAAACAGAUAUGCUUAUUUAAUUGAAUCUAUGCGAAGAUGUCCUGCAAUCUAGCCGUAUCGGUUUUACAUAGUUACGCAAAGGGAUUUUUUUGCCGCAAUGAAGCUUUAAUAAAAUCUUUGAGAUAUUAAUUUUAUUUGAAAAGAAAAAGUAGCAAGACUUUGAGUUCGAUCGGACCGCAUUAGUAUCCUAAUAACCUGAAAUAAAAAUUUAUAACUGAUUUGAUUGAAAAUUGGAGAGAAAACUUUCGAAAUACCGAAAGUGAGGGGGGGCAAUCUCAAAAAGUGGACCUUAUGUAGGAAAUCGAAAUGGUAAAUGACAGCUAAUCAGGCGAAUCGAGAAUCUAUACCAAAAAGUGGACCUACAUUGAAUACUUUUUUGCGAGAAGUCCAGCAACCCACCGAAAAUUAGAAAAUUACAACAAAGAAGAAAACACACGUGAACAUACUGGGCUGCGCCGGACAAAAUUAUUCACAGUCCUCAUUAUUAUACCCUCAGCCAUAUGGCUAGAGAUACGGUCAAAACGUGCCUCAUCGAAAUAACU